UUUAUGGUAGUGCAUUCUCUGUGUCUGCUUGAUCCAUUAAUUCAUUUAAUCAGUCUCUUGAUCCAUCAGGCCAGGUCUGCAGCAAUGCAUCACCUCAUUUUCAUGAUGUUUUCACUGCUACUCAUUACUGGGCUGCAGGUGAGCAUUCAGACUGUCGAAAAACGUGUUGAGCGAAGCAUGGACAGAUAUUAUAUAUCGGAGCUGACUGUGCCGAAUGGAGGGGGCUGGGGGUCUUGGGGUCAGAGGGAAAUGUGUCCAGCCGGAACAUACGCCGCAGGAUUCAGUCUAAAGGUGGAAGCACCUAUUGAUGGUGAUGACACUGCACUCAAUGGGAUCCGUCUUCACUGCAUUGCGUCUAAAGCCUCAUCAAACUCGUUUCGCAGCUACUCCACAGUUCAGUCAGAUGUAGGCAGCUGGGGUCAAUGGACAGAUAUCAAAUGGUGUCCUUCUGGAUUCUUGACUGCGUUUCAGCUGAGAGUCGAACGCUCUCAAGGAGAUGGUGACGAUACGGCCGCAAACAACAUCAUAUUCAGAUGCAGUGAAGGGUAUUUACUUGGUGGCGGCACAAACUGGGGCGACUGGGGCUCCUGGAGUCAACAAUGUGGAGGAAAAGGGAUUUGUGGUCUCAAGACACGGAUUGAACCGCCUCAAGGACGAGGAGAUGACACCGCUCUCAAUGACAUGACCAUGUUCUGCUGUAAUUAAGGUGCUAAAGGACCACAAGAAGAACAGCAAGAAGAUCAGAUGGAUCAUAAUUAAUCAGCAAACUGUUAUGAGCUCAAAUUAACCAUGUGAUACAACAGCUAAUUAAAAAAUAAAACCUGAGAUGUGAUCAGGACCUAAGCACAAAG